AUGGAUGAAUUUGAAGAUUUUAUGAUUACGGAAGAUAUUUUAACACAGCUCGAUAAUAUAGAAAUCGACCUUCUCGAGAAAACGUUAAACCUAAGUUUUAGUGAUAACGAAGAAAAUAUUCAACCUCCCCGAUUGAGCAAUAGGCGACUGCGAAUCUUGUCUACAAGCGAGGAAAGUGAUGACGAAAUUGGUGCCGCUAUCCAGGACUUACAAAGUACUUCAUCAUCGCAGUGGAGAGAUCCAAAAGAUAACUGGUACACAAGUGUACCAUUAGCCAGAGAACUACUGCAAAAUGAAACUCAUCUGAUUGGAACUUUAAGAAAAAACAGACGGCAUUUUCCUAAAGUUGUGGUUUCAACCAAGUUGAAAAAAGGCCAGUUCAUAGCGAAAGAAAGUGAUGAUGGUAUAACGGUUUUACGGUGGAGAGAUAAACGAGAUGUGUUGGUACUUUCCACAAAACAUUCAACACGUUUUGUUUCUGUUAGUAAAAAUAAUAAAAUCACUAUGAAACCAUCGAUAGUCGUAGAUUAUAAUAGAGCUAAGGGAGCAGUGGAUUUAGCAGAUCAGAUGGCAGCAUACCAAAGCCCAUUGAGAAAAUCCCUGAAAUGGUACAAAAAACUUGCAUUUGAUCUCAUUUUGAAUAUCGCUAUGGUGAAUGCUUUCGUUUUGUAUAAAAGCGUCACAAAUAAGCCCAUAACUAUUGUAGACUAUAGAAAGGAAAUACUAAAGAGCUUUUUGGUAAAGCCUACAUUAGCCAAUGUACCUUCAGAACGGACGACAAGACGAAAACACGUGCUUCAGAAAAAGGAAGGACCUUCUUUAAAAGUGCGUCGUUCCUGUGUAGAAUGCUAUAAGAAAAAUGUGUCCACAUUUGGACGUGCAAUGGCUAGGAACAAAACUAAAAAAGUAUCUACUUUUUGUAACACUUGCUAUGAUAAGCCUUUUCUAUGUGUCGAAUGCUUUGCUAAUGAUCAUAUAUAA